AUGAGGCGGCGACUCUCUGUGUUGUUGGAAUGGACGUCAGCCAGCCACAUCCAGAUCGAUGGGCGGAUUCAACUGGUAGAUGAACCUGCAACCGGGAUCAGGGUGCUUUCCACGACGGAGAUCCUCCCGCUCUCUACUCUCGUCACCAUCCCCAAGUCUGCGCUACUCUCCUGUAAAUCGUGCUCGCGUGCGUCGCUCAUCCCGUUUGUGCCCUAUGGCCAUGGCGCCCAUCUCGCGCUCGCGUUAGCGGUCUAUUCUGAACUGUUGAAUGGCUCUGCGUCGAGAUGGUAUGGGUACUUGCAAUCCCUGCCGACCGAUAUUGUCCCAAUCGCACUCUUGUGGGGGACAGACGAUGCAGAUGAAGAUGGUAUGCAGGGACGCCUUUGGCUAACUGGCACGGAAGUAGAGAAGGAAUUCCUAGAUGAGAGUGGUGCGCUGAUCCUUGACGAAAGCCGCGAAUACUAUGCGACAAUUGUGGAACCCCUCUUGUCAAGUCUCUCGAGUUCAAACACGCUGUCAGGGUUUCUGCAUGCGUAUUCACUUGUCAGCUCGCGGGCCUUCCUUGUUGACGCAUACCAUGGAUUGUCCAUGGUCCCCAUCGCGGAUGCAUUCAACCAUAUCCAUGAGAAUCAUGUUCACCUAGAAAGCGACUACGACGUCUGUCCGACAUGCGGAUCUCUCUCUGAAUGUCCGCACGACCGCGAAGAAUCCUCCGGCAGCCCCACCCAGCCGUCCUCGAGCAAGGUCUUUCCGCCGAGCACCGAUACCUGUGACAUGGUAACAAACCUCUUUGUCCCAGCACAUAGCGAGGUCUUCAACACAUACGGAGCGCGCCUCUCUAACGCAACUCUCCUCACGCGAUAUGGCUUCUCGCUUGAGGGCAACGAGAACGACAUCUUGUCGUGGAAUAUCUACGACCUGCGCAGCUCGUUACAUCCAAUGAACGUGGAUAUGUACGAGAGGCUUGUUAGCGGAUGGACGCGGUCCCGUUGGUCGGUGGUCUUGGAGGAUAGCACCCUGGUCUUCCGACCUGAUCUUGAGAACGAUACAUAUUCGCAGAGCGGAUCCAAUCUGCGCCGCUUUCUGUGUAUCAACAGCGAUGCGCAAGUCAGCGUACACCUAUGGCUCUGGGCUGCUUUUCGCAACAUGAGGUCUUCUGGAGCAGAGCAGGAUCUCGAUGAAUUUGUGCGUCUCCUUGGACGCGUUGCCGAGAUGCAGGUUCAGCUGGAGCACGUACUCGCGGAUGGUGGUGAGGAUGAAGGUACCGUGCAUGAUUCUGAUGCGCUAUCGAGACGCAUCCUCUCCGGUAUAGCCACAGACCUCUGUGUGCUCUGUGCACACCGCAUCACGCAGAUCGGGGCGCAUCCUGAACUCAGUUCCGCAGAGCUUGGCGAAAUGCUUGACAAUCUUCCGUCCAACAGACCAAAGACACGGCUUGCCCUCUCACAAGUGCUAGCAGAACGUGCAGUCGUGGAGAGCUGUGCGUCGGCUUGGAGAGCAUUGGAAGAACUUCUUGAAGAUGACCUCGAACUUGCGCCAUGA